GUUUAUUUUUCAUAUUCUGUCAGAACCUCCUGAUAUUAUAAACUGGUUUGGAAGCUAUGUAUAUGAGUCUCCUGUGUUGGACACAAGUGAUGAUUUCAAGAGCUUAGCUAACCACAAAGAGGAUGUGAGAAAGAUGCAUUUGUCAUCAGAGACAGCUUCAAAGAAAAAGUUGAAAAUGCAAGUAAACUUCAAGAAACUAAAAGCUGUCAAGAAUAGGAUGCCUCUGGAAUUAAAUACUCAAGUGGGUUGGUUAAAUCCAAUAGCUCUUUUUGGGAUAGAAAAAAUGACGAUCUAUCCCUAUGUAAGAUCUUGGACGCUUAUAAUUCAUCAUCUUGCCUUUCUGUUGCAGCUUAGGCAAUAUUCAAGCGACAAACUUCUCAGUGGCUGGAACUAGAUACUUUCUACAUCUUGUUCACUUGCAGCAAGAAGACAUUGGGAGAAUGCAAGGGCAGAACUGUGGCGUGAAAAGCUGAGCUAAUUGAGGAGAUUGAGCAGAAGGUAGGAGGGCUCCGAGGACUUGAGGAAGCCGGUCGGAAGUAGAAACUUAUUUAGUCAAAUGCAUAUAUAUGCACUUUACUCAAACAUCACUGUAUCUAGUUCUUCAGCCUAGUUUCCAUAUGGUAGGGAAAAACGAAGCUGCGAAAAUAUUUUACAGCAAAUUAUGUUACAUGUUUUUAUUCUUUUUUUCCUAAUAUUUUACAUGCUUUAAAUGAACAUUUUUUCAAAUA